GACAAAAUUGCAACAUUAAUGACAUUUAUAGACAAAUUUAAUUCUAUUUAUUUUCUAUUUCAGGUACUGGAGGAUCAUCGUCGUCGUCUGGAGCAGUGUGGAUGGCACAGGGCGCAACCGUACGGCGCUGGAUGAGCGCGUGUAUGUGAUGCUGCAGAUCACGAAUCUGCGGCAUCAGAAUUGGCAGAGGCAGGAUCCAGGAGUUGGCGUGAAUGGAGAUGGAGUUUGAUGAGCGACUCUGGUCCGGCCGCCCACGUUGCCUCUACCUGGAGAACUGGGGAUUGACACUGGUCCGGCCAAUCGGGGUACGUUGGCCAGUGGAAAUGGCCGCAGUGGAGAUGGCCGCAAAUGAGUGCAGAUUGGCUGCAUCCAAGUGGCUCUGGUCCGGCCACCCAGGAUGCACUGUCGAUGUAGAUGGAGAUGGAGAUGGCGCGCUGGCCAUUGUCGACUGAAUUGGCUGGCCUCGUCGUUGGAUUGCUGCUGCUGCUGUUUUGUGAUGAAGGCAUGACGUCACGGCCAUCGGUUGACGGCAGCGUUGUCGGAGGGGUGUCCAAAUUAGGCCCAACUUGCAACAAAAUGUUGCGGUUGGUGGCGAGGCAGGUACUGGAGAGGCUGAUCUGUGAGUGUAUUGACAGCGGCAGCCUGGAUGUUGAUGGCGACGGCGAUAGGGCCUUCAAAUUUCGCCCAUUUGGCAGGGGUUGGAUGGCGAAACUGGUGUGGCAACUGCUGGAGAGGCAGCUCUAUCGGAGGCGUGGCAGCGGCAGCCUGUGGUCUGGAUGUUGUUGGCGACGGCGAUAGGGCCUUCAAAUUUCGCCCAUUUGGCAGGAAUUGGAUGGCGAAAUUGGUGUGGCAACUGCUGGAGAGGCAGCUCUAUCGGAG